AGUGGUUAAACAUCCAAUUCUAUACAGCCAUUGACUCUAGAUACCUGCGCGACUCGGCCCUUCGGUGUCUAGCCCGGAAUCUUCCUUUCGAUUCUUUUAUUCUGCUGAAUUUCCUUCCUCGCCCUGAAGAGGUGGGAUUUGCAAUCGUCAUGGCUUCACAGGGUGUCAACGUUCUCCGCUAUUCUGCCCUUGUCGGUGGUAUCUUUUACGGUCUCUGGCACCAAUCCGCAUUGAACACUCAGGCUAAGCAGGCUGAACACGAUCGAGAAUACAAGCACAAGGAGUCAUUGAUUCAAAAGGCCAAGGCUGAGUGGGCCAAGAAGAACGCACCACCUGAUACAAAGAGCGGCCUUGUCACGGAUCCCGAAGAUCCUCGAUUCGACCUAGAAAAGUUCCUUAUUGCGAAGGCGGAAGAGAAAUAAAUGUAUACACUUGAUAAUGGGCGAUUUUCUGGAGGAAGAUGAAGUUCGUGGGCUAAUAGAUGGCAUGUUGAUUUCUCUUUUCACACGAUUUAUAGAUGCCUGCUAAGAGAAGGGCAUUUACUACGAAGGCAUAUGGCUGAAGCCAAAUCUGUAUCAUUUACAUCUCCUUUGUACUUCUUUUUUUGCUUGUUCUUCAUGGUUCCUGCCAAACUAUUGACUUUGUGUGAGUGAAAGGAAAAAAGAAUCAUAUCAUGAUAGACCAUUCAUUUGCCAUCUUUGUACAUAUCGAGUCUUCCAACGCUAUUGUCUGUACACUACGGUUAAUCGUGCGGGUAGGAUACUCCAAGGACCUUGAUUGCCU